AUGGCUAAGCAGAUCAUGGAGCACAUGGACGCGGACUCCGAAGGGUGGGCGGAUGGAUCCAUGGGGCUGGGAGGUGGCUGCCCACCCACCUGCCCAGGAGGAUGGGGCGGGCUGGGGUGGCAGCGGAGGCUGCUCGGACACGGGUGGUCUUUAAAUCACUUGCAGAUACUUGCUGUUAACUUUGAACUGCACAUAACGCCAGAGAAAUUCUAUGUGGAAGCUUGUGAUGACGGAGCUGAUGAUGUACUUGCUAUUGACAGAGUCUCCACUGAAGUCACUCUCACAGUUAAGAAAGAUAUUCCCCCUUCAGCUGUUACAAGGCCUAUAUAUGGUAUUUUGGGUACAAUCCGAUUGGUAGCAGGCACAUAUCUCAUUGUAAUAACAAAAAAGAAAAAAGUAGGUGAGAUAUUCAGUCAUGUGAUCUGGAAAGCAACGGACUUUGACAUCCUCUCCUACAAAAAGACCAUGCUGCACUUAACUGAUAUUCAGUUGCAGGACAAUAAGGUGUUUCUAUCAAUGAUUAGUCAUGUCUUGAGUGUGGAUGGAUUUUACUUCUCGACCACCUAUGACCUAACUCACACUCUGCAACGGUUAGCAAACACCAGCCCUGAGUUCCAGGAAAUGAGCCUCCUAGAGAGGGCAGAUCCACGGUUUGUUUGGAAUGGGCAUCUUCUUAGAGAAUUUGCUGCUCAACCUGAGAUCCAUAGGUUUGCUACACCAGUGAUGCAUGGAUUUAUCACUAUGCACUCUUGUUCUAUUAAUGGAAAGUGCUUUGACUGGCUGCUUGUUUCUAGAAGGAGCUGUUUCAGGGCUGGUGUACGUUACUAUGUAAGAGGUAUUGAUUCAGAAGGACAUGCAGCUAACUUUGUGGAAACAGAACAAAUUGUGCAUUAUAAGGGGAGCAAAGCAUCGUUUGUUCAGACCCGUGGAUCAAUUCCUUUUUUCUGGUCUCAAAGACCAAACCUCAAGUAUAAACCAAAGCCACAGAUCAGCAAGUCUGUAAAUCACAUGGAUGGUUUCCAAAGACAUUUUGACUCUCAAAUCAUUAGUUAUGGGAAGCAAAUGAUUGUUAACUUGGUGAACCAGAAGGGUUCAGAGAAGCCUCUUGAGCAAACAUUUGCAAAAAUGGUGAACAGCAUGGCAAAUGGCAUGGUCAGGUAUGUAGCAUUUGACUUCCAUAAAGAGUGCAGUCGAAUGAGGUGGGAUCGACUUCAAAUUUUGAUGGAUCAAUUGGCAGAACAGCAAGAUGAAUUUAGUUAUUUUCUAGUUGAUUCUGAUGGUAAAAUAGUGACUCAGCAGGACGGAAUAUUCCGGAGUAACUGCAUGGACUGUCUCGAUCGGACUAAUGUGAUUCAGAGCUUGUUAGCGCGCCGAUCCCUUCAAGCCCAGCUUCAGAGACUAGGUGUUCUACAUGUUGGACAGAGAAUUGAAGAGCAAGCAGACUUUGAGAAAAUCUACAAAAAUGCAUGGGCUGAUAAUGCUAAUGCUUGUGCCAAACAAUAUGCUGGAACUGGUGCCUUAAAGACAGAUUACACAAGAACUGGGAAAAGGACUCAGUGGGGCUUAAUUAUGGAUGGCUGGAACUCAUUAAUACGUUACUACAAAAAUAACUUUUCUGAUGGAUUUAGACAAGAUGCUAUUGAUCUCUUUCUUGGUAAUUACUCAGUGGAUGAAGUAGAACCUGCUAGUCCUCUACAUGUCAAGAAAGAUUGGAAGUUCUUAGCUUUGCCUAUUAUUAUGGUGGUUGCUUUCUCUAUGUGCAUUAUCUGUUUGCUAAUGGCUGGUGAUACGUGGACUGAGACACUGGCCUACGUGCUGUUCUGGGGAAGUGCAAGCUUUGGAACUUUUGCCAUCAUCCUCUACAAUGGCAAGGAUUUUGUAGAUGCACCCAAGCUGGUCCAGAAAGAGAAGAUGGACUGAAUUUGUGUGUGUGGAAAGCGGCUUGGUGCAGAGGAUUCCUCAAGUCACCCCUGGAGUCUCUACUGACCUGCUUUCCACACCGGAUAGUGGUCUUUUUAACAUUCAUCCUUGACAGCACAGAGAGAAAGUAAACGGUCGUCUUUGGUGGCAGCUUUCACCU